UGGAAGAUGUCUCUUAGGCUGUAAGACAAACACAGUUGUUUUUGGGACAACAAUAGCAGCAUCCACAGUGUGAAACAAACAGGAUCUCCAGAUUUUUAUUUGCUCGCCACUGUUUAAACUAGAGAUGAUCCAGAUGUGUAGUGACUGUGGGACAUCCAUGCCAGUGGUGAGUGUAGGACUACUGCUACUGGUAUGUGCAAGAUUAACAGAGCCCUACAGGACUUCGUACCCAGAGACUGAGCGUGAUGCAUAUGACCCCAGAGAUCACCAUCAAAACACAGACCACCACCCAGAUACCAGGAGAACAGAAUGUAGGCGAUGCUGUGACCAAGGAGAGGAGCCGCUCCAGUACGGCAGCACUUACCAACAAUACCAGGUGGUUCCACAGAUAAACAUCACUAUCCUCAAAGGGGAAAAGGGAGACAGUGGCCAGAGAGGACCCUAUGGGAAAGCAGGCAGAAGUGGUCAAACAGGCCCAAGAGGACCCAGUGGCUCAAAUGGCGCCAAAGGCAACAUCGGAACCCAAGGAGAACCCUGCAAAUACUACUACGCUGCUUUCUCAGUGGGACGCAAGAAGGCACUGCACAGCAAUGAGUACUACCAGACACUAGCGUUUGACACAGAGCUGGUUAACCUGUAUGGUCACUUCAACAUGUUCACUGGAAAAUUCUUUUGCUAUGUGCCAGGGAUUUACUUCUUCAAUCUAAAUGCGCACACUUGGAAUCAGAAGGAGACAUACUUACACAUAAUGAAGAACGAACAGGAGAUGGCAAUUCUUUAUGCGCAGCCCAGUGAUCGGUCCAUCAUGCAGAGCCAGAGCCUGAUGCUGGAGCUGGAAAGGGAUGAUGAGGUUUGGGUGCGCCUCUAUAAGGGCGAGAGGGAGAAUGCUAUCUUCAGUGAUGACUUUGAUACUUACAUAACAUUUAAUGGCCAUCUGAUUAAAGCCAAAAGUGAGGGUUAGCAUAACUAAGUGAUGUCAGCUGAUAUAAAACACUGAAAAUAAUAUUUUGUUGUUUUUAUAUAUUAUAUUUAUUUAUACCUAUAAACAUACAUACAUAACCCAUUUCUGGAAAACUUUACGCUGUUUAAAAUGCAAUAAUAACAAGAAUCUGUUAUUGUUUAAACUUUUAUUUAAAUGACAAAAUGACAAAGAAAAGAAAUCUAAUGUUUUCACUGAACAAAAUGCAUGGCUUCAUAGGCGCAGUGUGUGUGUGCUUGACAGGCCUGCCUGCAGUCCAAGUCUUCCUCUUAUUGACGAUGUGUGGCACAUCAUAAAGUGUAGAAUCAGACAAUGCCAACCACUGACGGUUGAGCAGCUGAAAAUUUCCUCAGUUACCAAAUAAUUAAAAAGUGUAGUUUAGGGAUUUUGAAUACUCUGCCAUCCGGAUGGGCUGGGCAGCUACAUGAACAAUGAUUGGCUGUUGUUCACAGGGUGGGAUGAGUCGAACCAGGGUUCCUCAUAACUGGUGCAAUUAUGACCUCUGCUGGCUGAUUAAUGGCGCCUGCGUAGAGUUGGGGAAUAAUGCUGAUCAGGGUGUAGCUCUCCGUGCACAGAGCUGAUCCGCAUAUGAACUCGCCUUGUGCAGGUGAAAAGAUGCAGUCGGUACUGCACACGUGUCGAAGGGGGCGAGUGUCAGUUGGGAAGCUCCUCAGUCAGCAGAGGAGGGUUGUAUUGGUAGAGGUGAAGUGUAACGCAAAUGGGGUUAUUGGAUACGACUAGAUUAUGGGAGAAAAUUGGGGGAAAAAAUUUGAGAAAAAGAGAGAAAGAAAAAAGUGUAGUCUAUAAGAAAGGUAAAAUAAUAGUGGUAAGCAUGCUUUUGCCCAAAUUUUUUAAAAGUUUGUUAAUGGCAUUAGAUUCUAAAUUUGUUUAUAUAUACAAAAUACAAUUGGAAAGCAUUGGGAAACAAGUGAAAAAAUCGGAACAUCCCAGAUUCUUAUUUUAUUGCAUUUUACAAAAUGUCCCAACUUUUGUGGAAAUGGGAUCUAUCUAUCUAUCUAUCUAUC